ACCUUUACUAAAUAACGUUUUAGAAUCAGGUCCAUGCUCGUUAGUGGCUGACUGAGUUGUGUGAGGAAAGCGUAGACAAGGCGCGCGGUUGCUAAUGCUGGAAGCUAACGUUGACGUCAGGUGAGCCGCUUGUCCACGUAAGCGUCUGGAACACGAACGUAACGUCGUGAUUCAGUGGACUUUAACCUCUGUUUCGACUCUAGAAAGAUGAUGAAGAUGCUGCACGUGUUUUUGGGCCUGGCUCUGAUGGGCCUGGGUUCCGGAGAAGAGGGGGCCCGUCUGCUGGCCUCCAAGUCCCUGUUGAACCGCUACGCGGUGGAGGGCCGGGACCUCACCCUGCAGUACAACGUCUACAACGUGGGCUCCAGUGCUGCACUGGAGGUGGAGCUGUCGGAUGAUUCUUUCCCCCCGGAGGACUUUGGAAUCGUCUCGGGGAUGUUGAACGUGAAAUGGGACCGGAUCGCUCCAGCGAGCAAUGUCUCUCACACUGUGGUGCUGCGGCCCCUGAAGGCCGGAUACUUUAACUUCACCUCUGCCUCCGUCAGCUACCUCGCCCAGGAGGGGGGGCAAGUCGUGGUGGGCUUCACCAGCGCCCCCGGACAGGGGGGCAUCCUGGCUCAGAGGGAGUUUGACCGGCGCUUCUCCCCACACUAUCUGGACUGGGCGGCGUUCGGGGUGAUGACUCUGCCCUCCAUCGGCAUCCCUCUGCUCCUCUGGUACUCCAGCAAGAGGAAGUACGACUCUCCGAAGGCCAAGAAGAACUGAGCGGCUGCGUGGGAGGGGAACUCUGAAUAGCUUAAUGCGCCGUUAUCGGAGUUUGAAAGUCAGGACGUGCGGUGACCAAGAACUUUCCAUCCAGGAAGAGGACAACAGCCAGAGUGAGGUCAACAACGCUGCUCAUUUGGCUUCAUGGGACAAUUGCAUGGCUGUUACUACUGUAACUGAAUUGUGUUAUUGUGUACAUAUGGAACUGAAUUCACAUUGAGUUUCCAGCCAGCUGUUGAAUUUGAAGAUAAAUUAAAGUUGUUUUUUUUUCUACA